CUUCAUGGAACGGCUACAUCCUUCGGAAGCAACCCACUCAACUUUGGUGCAGCAGAUGUACCCUUUGGAAGUGUCCAAUCCUACGCCAACCAACCCGUUGAUACCUCGUUCGAUGGUACUGCAUUUGGCCUUCCGCCUGGUUAUGGCGAAGCUUACACUGCUGGACAUCCAAACUGGAUGAAUAACUUCCAGAUGCCUUGCACGCCUGGCGUCGAUGUGCAGCCUGUGGCAAAUGCCUUCGAAGUCACGCCACACGAGCAUGGGUACAACUCGAGUGCACAGCUAGGAUACGACUUGGAGGAGCUGGAGAUGACGAGUCCUCCUAGCCACGCGAGUGUGCAGACUUUGAGACCGCUUGCCCCGCAUCACCCAUGGGCCGAAGCUGCUACUCGCACCAUUGGGACAGCUGCCCAGCCGCGCAGCCAGCGCCGAUCAGUCCACGAUUGCGACGUCCCCGGGUGCAGUGCGACCUUCAGACGCCCAGCUGAGUUCCGUCGCCAUAAGCGCACCGUGCACAUGCGGCAUGAGGCCCAGGAAUUCGAGUGUAUCGUCAAGUCUUGCAACUAUACGUAUCCUCGUCUCGACAAGGUGCGUGAACACAUGAAGAGAAUGCAUGGUAUAUGUCUUCGCGUGGAGAAGCCCUAGAACUUCCUGGUAGUGUUUGGUUUGCCCUCAUUGUCGCGUCUUUCAUCUCCUUGCGUCAGUCUUUACAGGUGGUCUUCCGAGACGUCCACUCCUUAGGUAGUUGGUAAUUUACUGUGUUUUCCUAGCUUCCGUGCGUCCAAACUCACCAACGCCUCCCGAAACAUGUCGAAGUCUACGAUGGCCAUCGUCCACGUCACCCAGUGGCGCUCGCUUUGCGGGCAUCAGGCUGAGAUUCUGCGUUGACCGGUUCUCCUGCAGCUAGGCGCCUAACCCU